GUCAAUUUCGAUUGGCAGUUGUUGGUGGAGGUGAUUCUGUGAACGCGGCUACGUUACGUUGCCCACUACGCGAGAGCAACACCACUUUGCUUAGAAAAUACAGAAAUAUGUUUGCUGGUUUUUUAUUUUGAAUUGUGUUGCUAAUUAAAAAAUGAAAAUAAACAUAAGUAAUACGUUUUUAAUGUGAAUUGUGUUGUGUGCUGAUGAAAUAAUUUCUUAAAGUCUAUUUGCAAUUACCUAACUAAAGUUAUAAUAAUUUAUCGUCAUGUUUAAAAUAAAUAAUCGGACGGCUGCUGGUCCAGCAAUAAACAAUCAACCCAAAACAACUCCCAUAGUGGACGAUUAUGAAAUAUCCAAUACCGUUUUAGGAUUGGGAAUCAAUGGAAAAGUUGUGCAAUGCACGAAUCGCAAAUCGAAUCAGAAAUUCGCACUUAAGGUGCUUUUGGACAAUCCAAAGGCCAGACGAGAGGUUGAUUUGCAUUGGCGCGUCAGUGGCUGCAGACACAUUGUUAACAUCAUUGACGUUUAUGAGAACACAUACAGUGGAAAUAAAUGUCUAUUAGUUGUAAUGGAAUGCAUGGAGGGUGGUGAGCUUUUUCAACGUAUACAAGAUAACGCUGAUGGUGCUUUUACGGAAAGAGAGGCUGCACAAAUAAUGCAUGACAUUUGUGUUGCUGUGCAUUACUUACACAGCAGAGAUAUUGCACAUCGCGACUUAAAACCUGAAAAUUUGCUCUAUACUUCUCAACAUCCGAAUGCCAUUUUAAAAUUAACAGAUUUUGGAUUUGCCAAAGAAACUUUAAUAAAGGAUACACUGCAAACUCCUUGCUAUACUCCUUAUUAUGUCGCUCCCGAAGUUUUAGGCCCUGAAAAAUAUGACAAGAGUUGCGAUAUUUGGUCCUUAGGCGUUAUAAUGUAUAUAAUACUGUGUGGUUUUCCGCCAUUCUAUAGUAACCAUGGUCUUGCUAUAUCACCAGGAAUGAAGAAACGUAUACGUACCGGUCAGUAUGAUUUCCCAAAUCCAGAAUGGGAAAAUGUAAGUCAGGCUGCAAAGGACUUAAUCAAAGGCAUGCUAAAUGUCGAUCCAAGCAAACGUCUACGCAUUGAAGACGUGAUGCGCAACAGAUGGAUUGCGCAAUAUGCAGAAGUGCCAAUGACACCAUUGUGCACUGGACGUAUGCUAAAGGAGGGUGAAGAAACAUGGCCAGAAGUUCAAGAAGAAAUGAUGCGUUCAUUAGCAACAAUGCGAGUGGAUUACGAUCAGACUCAUAUUAAGGCUUUAGACAAAUCCAAUAAUGCUUUAUUGAGCAAGCGACGAAAAAAGAUUGAGGAAAUUGCAGCACAGAAGAAAUGAAAGUCCAAUAAGCAACUAAAAGUCAACAACUUUGAAGAUCGUAAUAAUAGUGGAUUUAGUAAUACUUUAUACUUAUAUCCAUUGCUAAGGAAGUAAACUUAUAUAUGCUUUUAAUAUUAUUUACUUAAAGUAUAAUUUUUAACGGAAGUGCUCUUUUAUCAAUUACUGCGGAAACAAAAUAACUUUAACUAAACAAAACAAAACAAAACACUUUAGCUCUAAUAAGACAAAAUAUUAAUAAAUGACGAUUUAAUAAAUUAUUAUAAGAUAUGUACAUAUAUAUAAAAUAAUAUUAUAUAUAUAAAUAUAGUGGGCAACGGUUUUCGCAUAGAAUAGACUAAUUUAGUAAAGCAAAGCACG